UCUGGCUCUUGACGUCCCUGUCAACAUCUUCCACUACCUAUAACUUUCCUGUCUGCUUCCUACAUCCAUCGGGAUCGAGCCGAUCGAUCGACUCUCAUGCACCGGUUUGGUGGCUUUCUAGCCAGUACCAGUAAUGCAACAAACAGCACGUUACUGUGUUCCGUUCCAGCUCUUUGCUUUUUCUGGCAGGUCAAAUUGACUGUCAGGCAAGGCACACACACACACACCACAGUGGCCACAGUGACACAAGUGCCUGACCAAGAUCCUCUUUCACCUUCCAGCACAGACCCAUUCCCACCCCUGAAAUCCAUCCAAUACUGGCUCGUGUCGCGGCCGCAAUUUUGGCCGUUUACCUGGACCGGUUUCUCCCCGAGUGAUCGACACCAAAACGCGAUUCCAUCUACUCAUAGACUACUUGUACUUGCCGCGUUCCGCAUGGGCCACUGGCUAAGUACCUUAACUAGGGGCCGAGUCCUUACUUCGGACCAUGCGUGAGCCCGCCAGAGACGACAUCUGGCCUUGGCUAGCAACGCCAUAGAAUCAAUCCUUCUUUGAUGGGGUAGUUCUUCGAUACAGGAGUGCGGGAAAUCCCCUUACCCCACUCAACAAUUACGACCUAUUCACGAACUAUAAGUACAGAAAUAGACAAGGGUA